AUGUGGAUGUUUGUGUGUGUGUGUAUGUGCUCGGAGAGUGUGUGCCGCCUCAAACUUGACGUUUUCCCUUUUCCUCGAAAAAAGAAUCCAACUCGUGGGAGGGGUGUGUGUAUGUGUGCUGCCGGGAAUAAAAUCCGUAACAGAAAACCGAUUAAUCGAGGGAUCAGAGCGGCGCGAAGACCGGGAUUCUAA